GCAUGGAAGUUAGAGUAUCAAAAUUUGAAAGAAAAGGGUUUGCCGAGGAGAUUAAAGGCCAUGAAGUAGGGUACAACUACCUACAGGAUGGUGAUACUGUAUCCACAGAAGGGUGUACCCUGCAUGCCAUACAUACACCAGGCCACACUACAGACCAUAUGGUGCUUUAUCUGGAGGAAGAGAAUGCUCUAUUCUCGGGAGAUUGCAUCCUUGGGCAUGGAACAGCAGUAUUUGAGGAUCUGUAUGAUUACAUGAACUCCUUGAAGAUAGUUCUUGGCUUAUCACCCAAUCUGAUCUAUCCAGGACAUGGGCCUGUAGUAGAGAAUGCUACUGACAAGAUCAAGGAGUACAUAGAUCACAGAAACCAAAGAGAACAACAGAUUCUUGAAACUUUAAAGAAAGAAGAAGGAUCAUCUCCAAUGACAGCAAUGGAACUUGUCAAAAAUAUAUAUACAGACACCCCAUGGCACUUACACAAAGCUGCUGAAAAUAACGUCAAGCAUCAUUUGACAAAACUUCACAAAGAAAACAAAAUUACUUCUGUACCUUUUGGAGAUGAUGUCAAAUGGAAAAGCUCUUUAUAGUCUCACAAGC